GCUACGAAAAAUUGGUCGAACUUAAAUCAAAGCUAGCUCCUGAUCGUCGACCGGCUCCGUCAAUUGGCAUCGCUCAUUAAAUUAUCCGGCGAAAGUAUCUCCGAUGAAGCAGCCGCAUCCAGCCUGACGCAAAUGGCGGAGGAUACCGUUCCUACGAGCAGCUCCAAAGAAGAAGGAACCGCGCACACUGGUAAUCAAGCUGAUAACAAUUAUACCAUCACAAACAGUCCUAAAGCGAAUGUGAAAGAUCCGGAGAUCUUCUGUUGCUUGCUCCAGCCGGCCAGUCCCGAAUCCAAUCCGGAUUAUGUCGGGAUUCGUCGAUUCCUUCUCUUUCGCAAAGCCGAAUCCGGUCAUCACCGCCGUCUCGAAUGGAGAUGCAAUGGGAAGGGGUAUGCGGCCUACCGUAACUACAUUCGCAAGCCAAGAAACGGGCAAAGUUCACAAGCACCAAGCAAUCCAAGCAGUCCUGGACACAGUGGGAGAUGGCUUUCAUCUUCAAGUCCACUCUUGCACACAUUUGAGGUGGACAGCUGGAAUUCUGGCCGGGACCUCCGAAGUGGCAAUCCAACUUCAAAUCAUAGAACAAGUUUCAGCUCCAUUGCAAGUGAAAAUGAUCAUCUACAUCGACGAGGUGCUGAACCUGCAUAUUCUUUUGUAGGAAUGCACUGUGUAUUUGAUCACAGCAAAUCAGCGGUUACAGUUUUGAAGUUUGGACACAUGCGUUCUGAUCUACUUGCAUACGGUUCAUCAGAUGGAACUUUGACAGUCUGCAGUGUCUCCGAGCCACCCUCUGUCAUCAAGAUACUAAGUGGGCACUCAAAAGAUGUCACAGAUUUUGACUUCUCAUCAAACAACCAGUAUAUUGCGUCAUCAUCCAUGGAUAAAACAGUGCGAGUGUGGGAUUUAUCCAAAGGCAUUUGCAUUCGAGUGAUAUAUGGAGUCUCUUCACAAUUGUGUAUUCGCUUUCACCCUGUAAAUAACAACUUUCUUUCAGUCAGCAAUGCAAGCAAAGAAAUCACAGUAUUCAAUUUCAGCACUGGGAGGACUAUUACUAAAUUGGUCUUUGACAGCGAGGUUACUUCCAUGGACCAUGAUCACACUGGUCAAAUAAUUUUCUGUGGAGAUGCACAGGGAUGUAUAUACUCAGUAAACAUGGACUCACACACUGGAGCAUUAUCUCAUUCUCAUCGUAACAAAAGUAGCAGCACACGCAAAUCUCCAUUCACAACUGUGAAGUACCGUAGUUUCUCUUUACUGGCAGGAGGGCCUGUGUUGCUGACAUGUACUCAAGAUGGAAGUUUGUCUUUCUUCAGUGUUUCCUUGGAAGUACAAGGUUAUCUGACACUCCGUUGUUCACUCAAAUUGACUCCUAGGGUGCACAGCAUUCGAGCAUCCUUCUGCCCUCUGCUUUCCCUUGAAAAGGGAGAAUAUGUAGUUGCUGGGAGUGAGGAUACAAACGUUUACUUCUAUGAUCUAACACGACCAAGGCAUCCAUGUGUCAAUAAGCUUCAGGGUCAUCGUUUCCCAGUGAUAGGAGUUGCUUGGAAUUAUGGAGAGAACUUAUUGGCUUCGUCAGAUCUUUAUGGUGUUGUUAUAGUAUGGAAGAGAGCAAAAACAAGUUAAAACAUAUACAUAGCAAAAUGGAUUUGAAAGAGGUAUAUAUUCAGAGGCUGAAGAAGGAAUUCAGCUUUGUUUGCGUGAUUUCACCAUUCUUUUUUUCAAGCAUUGAACUCGUUGCAGUGUAUUAUCUACAAUUGAGGAAAGUAGGAAAUCAUUGUUUCUCUCAAAUUUUUGUAUUCAUAAAAUUGCAUUUACAUUGUAUUUUGAGGAAGUGUGUGAGUAGGCAGAUGUAGAAUAAGUCGUUGAACCAAAACUGCAGAAUACCUGCUUAUAGAUUGAUUCCUUUAUUUGUUCGGUGAUUAGAUCGCUCAUGAUUAAUUGCAAUCAUGUAGAGGUGUUAUUUGAUGCCUUAUGCUACCAAAUUAUGUUCAUGUCUUGUUUCUUUACUGUGUAGAGAUUUUUUCGUU